AUGGCGGAGAAUAAGCGCCAGAGUUCCGGUGCGAAAGGAUCUCACAGUUCCGCUGGUACCUCGACUGCGGGCGGAAUGGCGGCGAAUAUGGUUCCCCUGGAGGCCGCUUUGAGUGGCGCGAUUGGUGCUCGUGUUCGCAUCACGACCGCCGCACCAAACGCCUCUACCUUUGAGGGCACACUUUUCACUGCGUGCCCUAUCACGAACCUUGUCGCAAUCAACACAUCCCCCUCGCCGGCAACCGGAGAUGCGAAGCAGGCCCAGAGCGGCGAUUACCAUGUCAUUCCAGUUUCCCGAAUCCAGGCGUUCCAACUGCUCGCUCUUCCUUCAUCCAACUCCUCCGAUUUGCCGUCGUUCACCGAUGCGCAGCCCUCGAUCCAGGCCCUUGAUAUCCGUGCGCUGAAGGCACGCGAGGCCAAGGCUAUCGGUGAGGCAAUGGACCGUGAAGCCCGUCGUGGAAAGGGUGUUACUCGCGAGGCUCAAGAUCUCUUUGAUGCUUUUAGUCGGACUAUGCCCGCUCAUUGGAAUGGUCCUCAUAUCGUGGUUGCGGAUGCGGUUAGCAUUAGCCCUCCCUACCGGGUUGAUGAUUGUCGUCCAUUGGUAGAGGGCAACGAGGCUGCGCUGGCUCGAGUACGCAAGGUGCUCGAGAUGGAACGUAAGAAGAUCGAGCUCCGUAAUGCGAGCGCAACUAUUGGAUCGACCAGUACUUUCACCCGCCAUGCUGGUGACCAGCGCAAAGGUGGAUAA